CGAGAAGCCUCAUUAAUUCGGCGCAGCUGUAGUCGUGACGUCACUCAGACCGUCUGCGCCUACGCAGCCGCUACGGACCGUCACGACAGCCGGACACAACUUGUUAGGUUUCCGGACGCAGUACGGAGGAUUAACACGGUAACAGCUCUUCUGUCGCCGCCAUGAGGCCGUGACCCGGGGUCGGCCCGGCCGUGACAUGGUUCCAGCUCGGCACAGAGGAAGGAGCGAGGGCAGAGACUGAGGAGGAAGAAUGGGCCGCGGCGUCUGGGGCUGCUGGCAAGGUGUUGGCUCAGCGGCGUUGCUCUACGGAUCCUUGGCCUUGUUCACCUCCAUCCUGCACAACGUGUUCCUGCUUUACUACGUGGAGACGUUUGUGUCUGUUUACAAGAUUGACAAAGUCUCCUUCUGGGUGGGAGAGACAGUUUUCCUCAUAUGGAACAGCCUGAACGACCCUCUGUUUGGUUGGCUGAGUGACCGCACCUUCCUCAGCUCCCCUCAGACGGGCUCUCCGGUCACGUCUCCAGAGGUGGUGCUGAAGAGACUGAAGGCGCUCUCCACCAAUGGCCCGCUCUUCGCCCUUUCGUUCCUGGCCUUCUGGGUGGCGUGGGCCCGGCCGGGUCUGCAGUUCCUGCUGUGCCUGUGCCUGUACGACGGCUUCCUCACCAUGGUGGACCUCCACCACAGCGCCCUGCUGGCAGACCUGGCCGUGUCGGCCGCCGAUCGCACGCGCCUCAACUUUCACUGCUCGGUGUUCAGCGCGCUGGGCUCGGUUUCUGUUUUUUUGUCCUACUGUUUCUGGGACAAAGAGGACUUCUACUCGUUUCGUCUUUUCUGUGUGACACUGGCAGCUUUUUCUAUCUUGGGAUUUUAUGUAGUGUCCAGGUUGUUGCAGAGUCAUUUUCAAAAAGACAUUUGUCCAAGGCAGGAUGAGGAGCAGAUGCUGAAAGAGCUGAGUGUUGGCCAGGCUCCACAUACACAUCCAGAAAAGCCUGUCACUAUUGGCCAGUAUCUCAAGCAGCUCUCUAGACAAAGAAACUUCAUGUGGUUUGUGUCAAUGAACCUUGUCCAGGUGUUUCACUGCCACUUCAACAACAACUUCUUCCCUCUGUUCCUGGAGCAUCUCUUGUCUGAUAAUAUCUCUGCCUCUACAGGUUCAGUCUUACUUGGGAUCUCUUACAUUGCCCCCCACGUGAACAACUUGUAUUUCCUGACGCUGUGCCAGCGUCACGGCGUUUACCAGGUUAUCCGCUGGCUAUUUCUGCUCAAACUGGGACUUAGUGUAGCUAUGCUGCUGGCAGGGGCUGACCACAUUUAUCUGCUGUGCAUCUUCAUUGCUAGUAACCGGGUGUUUACAGAGGGGACGUGCAAACUGCUGAAGCUGGUCAUUACGGACCUGGUGGAUGAGGACUUUGUGGUGAACCGGCGGCAGCAGGCUGCGUCUGCGCUUCUCUUCGGGAUGGUGGCCUUGUUGACCAAACCAGGCCAGACGUUUGCUCCGCUCAUCGGCACCUGGCUGCUGUGUGUGUACACAGGUUAUGACAUCUUUGAGAGGGAUCCUGUGAAGGACUCUGUGGUGCCUGUGCCUGAUGUCUCCUCCGGCUCAGGGACUCAGCCUCUGCGUCUGGGCUGCUUCCACAUGUUGGUAUUCGUGCCUAUCACCUGUGCCCUGCUGCAGCUGGCCGCUUGGUCCCGCUUCACGCUUCACGGUCGCAAGCUGCAAGGGAUCAAGAACCUACGACAAGGGGCCCAGCAUGGCCACCUUAUCGACAUCAAGGCCAUAUGAGCUGAAUCCUGAGGGGUAUCGCUGCACAUGGACACUUUAAAACUGAACCCAUACACCUUUGAUAGAACUAGCACAGAUAUUAAUGGAUUAUGCAGCUCAGCCCUAUGUGCAGAGUGUAACUACUAAAUAAAAUGUGGUGUUGUGGGUAAAUAAUAGUUUUAAAAUACGAUUUGCCUUAUUUUUUAUAACAAAAUACUGGAAUUCAUUUAUAUUUUAAACAGACCAAAAUAUGAAGUACAUCCUGUUGUGAUGGACCAAAGUGACAUGUUUUUAUGUUGGAGUCCAAAGAUCUGGAAAUCAAUGACUGCCCUGUCAGAGUCAGCAAGAUCAGGUGAGGAGUGGAGCACAGCGCUACGGCUGGGAUUCCUCAUGUUAUUAGCACAUAGGAAACUUUAAAAGCAUCAAUGUGUUCAGAGGAUUAUUGCCACUGCAUGGAUCAGAGUGGUCGUUUUACAGGUGAAUUACAUUUACACAGAACAACCUGCCAGAUUGUUGUUACAUUGUAUUUUCUUACGUGUCCGGUUUGGAUGUUUAUUGCACAAAACUGCCAUUUGUGUGUUGUACUGUAACGACUGUAACAUCCCUUUUGUACAAAAGUGAUAAACUGUAGAAUUUGUAAUUUAUGCAGGUGAAAAUAUUCAAGUUCACUUCUGUCAUUUUGCAAAUAUAAAUACAAUAUACAAAAAAAGGAACUUGCGGCGUUGCCAAUAAACUUCAUGUGUGUUCAAAGUGA